GCGCAAGCGAAACAACAUGUAUCUGCUCGUAUCGCGUUGAGCCAUCAAAUCCCGCUCGCCGGUCCCCUAGUGUUUUUGGCUCGCGUUCCUCUAAUCAGACUGCCGCGACGGAUUCCUUGACAGCCUGCAUUCAGCGCAUGGAGAUAAACAAGGCGAAAAUUCUCGAAGAGAAACUUCGAGAAGCGGCAUGCUACGGCGACGAAGACAGCGUGAUCGCGCUCAUCGAGCGGAAUGUGCGCGUUAACUCACAGCACGACAUUAAUGGAUGGACACCACUGCACUGGGCUUGUAAGAGGGGACAUGUUGCCACCGUGCGGUACCUGCUCAGCCAAGGUGCUGAUCCCACCAUAACGACAUUCAAGGGAGAGACGCCAGCCGCACUUACUGACAAUGAAGACAUCAGAGCUUUGCUUGGAGAGGUUGGACAGGGCGAUGCAGCCAGCUCCACUCCAUCGUUGCCGAUCACCCCCCACUUUCUGAGUCACCCAACCAUCGAGUACAAGGUGGACCUCUCGGAACUCACGCGGAGCACCAGAAACGUCGAUGCAGACCUUCCGGGAAAGCACAGCCUGCCCCACGACAAUGGCCAGUCAGAUUAUUCUAGCGGCCAUCAAGAAGAGACAGACCUUGUGCUCAAAGUGAGGAUUGCAUACCUUGAUGAUCCGGACUUCAUCGAGGUAGAGCUUCAAAGGACAGAGCUGACAUUUGCCAACCUCCUGCGUACCUGCUGCGAUGAACUGGGUGCUGAUUUGAAACGGGUGCGCAAGCUUCGCAAGCUGCCCAACACCAUCCUUCGCAAGGACAAGGAGGUGCAGAGGCUCUCCGACUACCAGGAGCUCGAACUGGUGUUGGACAACAUCCAGCCAAAGCCGCAGCCAAGCACAAAUCCAGCUCUGCCCACCGUCUCGGGUGGGAAUGCGAGCGUUGCUCUAAACCCCGUCGUUCACCUCGCUGGCCUCCUCUCGGGCGCCGGCUACAACUCGCCACCGGGAUACCUGCCCAAUGGUAGUGGAGGGACGACGCCGGCUCAGAAUGCAUUUGCCAAGUCGGCUUACUGUGUGAAUGGAACCAUCCUCUACUGAACGGACGGAUGCAUGCAGCAUAUAGCUUGGCAUCAGCCUGCUCCACGAGUGAUAUUCUCGGCCAAUCGCUUUCGGGGGUAUCGCUUUCAGCAGAUGCGAAUUGGUUAAGCCAGCGGGCAGAACACGCAUCGCUUCAGUGAGGCAUUGCAUUUGACGAAAUCACGCAACACUGAGUUUCCCUAAAAAGUGUUCAACCAAAAAUAUAGCUUCAUACCUAAAGCUUUCCUUACGCAAGUACACCUUGCGAUUGACCAGUGUAUGAGCACAAUUUAAUGACGUGCUGGCUAGUGCUUGUACGCAAACACUUCGAGAGGGGUGGCAGUGUGAUAUCGACGACACCAUCUAGUCACGACUGAACAGCAUUCGUGUGCUGACUAAUGAUGGCACUUAAUCUCACUGCCAAGAGCACUGGCUAGUCGUGAUUGGCAUGCAUUUGUGCGCUGCCUUAUAAUAAUGAUUUCUGUGAUGGCAAAGGCACAAGCCAGUCACAGCUUACGGCACCUGCAUGCUGGCUAAUCGUGGCAAUAAAUUCGAUGGUCGAGGCACUGGUCAGUCACAACAGGCGUGCACUCCUGCAUUGACUUAUCAGACUAAAUGAUGUGAUAGUGAGGGCAACGACCGACAGCAUCACAAUUUUCCCCUGCUUUUCCAAUGGCCAGUCGCAACAGCUUGGAACAUGAUAGCUGAGGCACUAGCCAAUCGCAAGUUGCGUAUAAGAAGCUUUCUUUACGCGGCCAUGGCCGUCGAGGCUGGCCAUCUCGGCACAUAUUCAAAGUGAACAGCCACCAAGUCUUGUCCAGUUGAUGAUGCAUGCUACGGCAGCUUUGCCCUCAUUUCAGCAUGGCCAAAACAGUCUUCGUUUGCAUGCGUGAAAAAAAUGUUGUCCGAGCGAUGGUGAAAACCAUAUUUGAGAUAUGUUAACACAACGGAGUUGCAAUCGACCUUGCCGCCACAUUAACUUUCAGAAAUGCACUCACUAUUUUUUUUUCUUCCUUUCUGUCGCUGACAGGAUCAAAGUGUGCUCUACAGGACAGCAGCCUUACCAUGAUCUCAGAUAACUAGCAAAGUAAUGUGCUGCAGUUUGCUUCAGUAAGUUGGGUCUCCAAAUAUUUUCGGCGAACUCUAGAAGCCCGAAAAUCAGAGUAGCCUGCUGUCCAAAACACAGUCAAGUUUGUUGCCGAAAAAGCACGUACAGGUUGCACAUAACUACACGCGGCACUCACUCACUGAUGCUUCUCCUUGUGUUAGUAGCUUUUUGAGGCACUGAAAGAUUUAGGGCUUGAGAUGUGCUUCCGCAUAUCGCCUUACAACUUUCCCGCAGACCUGUUCAGAAGAAUGGUACUGCGAGACUCGAAGUCUCAAGUGGGCAUAAUAUUUUCAACUAAACGUUUUGGCCAGCUAUGCUCAAACUUCUACACGCACAAUGUUUACGCUGUGCCAUUUGAUAUGAGAAGUUAUCUGUAAUGCAUGGGGUUCCUUGUUUGUUUUUCCGUCGUAUCUUUUAAAUACUUUUAAUGUAAAGUUUCAUCUUGUGCUCUAUGUGAAUUUAAAACAUUUUCAAGCUUUAUGCAGUGGACCUAAUCGCAGCUUUAACGACCACAGGCUAUGUGUGGGAAGAGAUACUGGGCACGAUAUUGUUCAAGGACAAUGGAAUUGACAUUAAGUUAGCUUAAGGUGCAGCAUGUAUAAAUUUUCACGAAGCAGUUUUGUCUUCAUCACACAAUAUAUGAGCAAAGCUUUUCUUUUUGAUGUCCCGAAAUCACCCCCUCGUACCACGUUUGGGGUUCACAUGAUAUGGAUUAUUAUAGUUAAUUCAUUUUGUUUCACGUUCACGUACGUUUUGUCCCCAGCAUGUUGACCGAGACCUUUGUGGGAUUUUCCCUUUCAGCCAACUCUAUGCUGGAAUGUGGCAGAAAGCUUGCUCAACCUCGAACUCUGUUCAUAUUAAUGAGAGCACAGACUGUGGGACAGCAACACGAACAUGAAAACAACAAUAAAAGCACUCACUCACAACUGAUACCGACUCGGUUGUGACCGAGUGCCUUCACGUUUGUGUCCUGCAGUUUGUCCUCAUGUCAUUGCAAUGAGCGGAACCCAGCUAGUCCAACUGGUAGUUUCCCAAACAUAAAAGGCGACAGUAUAGAGAAAUAUAAUUUGAGCAGUACUGGUAAAUUACCCUCCUGCAAUACCAAAAAAAAGUUACUCGUAUCGUGAGUAGGGGCUUUGUAAGCCGGAAAAGUAGUAAAUAAAAGGACGCUUUGGCGUUCUCGCAUCAGCUCGCCAGAACGUUGUAGAGUUUGACAGCGUGUGUUCGGACCUAUUCAAGUUUCUAUUUUGAAAGAUGGACUACAUUUUAUACUAAAACAGUGAAAGUCCGAACUUUGAAAGUUUCAAGAACUUCCGCAGAGCGACAACGGCCCAAAUGUGGAAAAGUGCAUUGAAAUUUGUGAUGCCACGCUGACACCACCGCUAGGGUAACAGCGCAAAAUUCAACAAAUGGAGCCAGCUUAGCUCGUUAUCGCGUCGUGGAGUUUGCCGGCACCUGCAUUGGCCUGGUUAAGUUUUCUAUCUGUAAAGGCGGACUCAACUGCUAUUCCAAGAAAGCAAGAAAGACGCAACUUGCAAAGAAGCAAUGAGAAAGUGUGGUUUAAGAGUGUUAGCACACUUCCUAAACCUCAGUUUUCAGCAGCGUUCGAUUCUUGUUAUCUUUCUUUUCUUUUUUAUAUUGUGCAAAUAAUAAUUGUACGAAGGUAUGCCAAACCUCGUGUGGGCCUAUAUCCACAAUGGCUAGCAAUGGGUUAAUGUUGAAGCAUAUUAUUGACAAUGUUAUUACUGCUAUACUACAAAUACAGAAUAUGCAGAAAGUUAUUUGUGAAGUGAGUGCUGUGUACCUAUAAAAAUUUCCUCACAGACCUAUUAAAAUUAUGCAUUAGUUUAAUGUUAUUGGGUAUAAAAUUCCAUGUGACAGCAACCUCGAAUUCCAUUAACCUCCACCAGUAUGUUUCUGCAACUGGUAAAAUGAUAUAACUCUUAUAACGUAUGCAUGGCUUGACGGUUUGAAAGUACGUAAUUAAAUUGCCAGGCACUGUUUUCACUUUAAACUAAGCCAUUUAUGACUGGGCAAGACUAUUUUUUUGUUCGAAAUAAGCUCCUCACUUGUCUAUACAUUUCAAGGCAGGCUGCAAGUGCUUUACACAGUACAGCAUGAAAACAUGCUGGCCUUUCUGUGUUCGUGCCACCGUUUUGACCCAUGACUGCUUGCUGCUCUCACGUGAUAGGUUGUGAUCCCAGAUUCCAGGCAUAUCUUCUGCCAUGCUGCAUGUUUUUGAUUGUACAUAAACCACACUAGCGACUUAUUUUGUACAUAGCAUAUCAGAGGUCAAACUAUGCGUGUUAUUAAUUCUUGCUUGUGAUGUUUUGAUGUGUGUGUUUUGAUGGACGUUUCAAGCUAACCACGCGGUUGGCUUUUGUAUGCUGUUUACUUGUAAAACUGAUGUGGGCCAUUGCGUUCACCUUUCUCAGGAGCACUGACGAUGACGUCACGACUAACGUUAUGUGACGUGCUGCGUUUGACUUAGUUUGCUCUGUCUAGCCCAAAGUUGGCGCAUAGCUACUUACAGUGAUAUAUGCAGGUCUUUAACUUCUUCAAGGACGCGACAGUGGUAUCCUGAAUGCACUCUGGGCAGCUACCAGAAGAGCUUAAUUUUGCAUAGAGAAUUUAGUUUCCAUGCCUCAGUCUUCCAGAAGGCUGAAUGAACCAUGAGGUUGUCAGGCAUGGUCCUUUUCAAGGCUGUGGCCAGAGCUGUAUAUCCUUUCAGGGAGAGUUCAGUGGAGCACUUUGUCGUGGUAAAAGUCUCACAACUAUCUCCGAGUAGUCUGAUGGCUUUGUAGUCGCUACUGCCUGUACUGCUUCAGAACGCACGUCGCCUCUUACCACUGCUCUGUGCAGAUGGUGACAUUUAACAUUGCUCUGUGGUCGUCUAGUCGCAGUGGUCAGGUACAGGAGUACUCCGGUAUGUUGGCCGAAGACAGCUUCCAAGCAGAAGUUCCAUAUGGAAGAUGCAAAACUCAAUGACGAUGACUGUCUCAUAGCAACAGCUAUGCAUUCAUCACUUGAGGUUCUUUCCUUUUUCAAACUAAUGCUCAUUUCAGCUAGUCACUGGGAAGAACCAACAUUACAUAACUUCAUUCAACGUGGCAUAUUUUUAUGAUAACCAGUUAGCCUCUCUAUACGGACAUUUUUUUUUUACAUGGCAGAUAAGUUGACACCUCUUCUGCCGCUUUCUUACAAACGGACUGCACGACUGACUUCAUUUUACUUUUUUUUUACUUUUCUCUGCAAAGUUGUCUACUGUGUGUACAAACGUUAUUCACUUUUGCCACAGCAAGAGAUAAGUUGCCUGCAUUUGCAUUCUCACUUCUUGGCCUUGCUGGGCUUCGCUUUCAUUGUAAGCUAUUGUGUUGUGAGCUCUUUGUGUGCUGUCUCCAAUAUUUGCACAGAAAAGUGCCUUUCUUGACGUUAUUGUGCUUUUAUUUUCCAACCGCCGUGUUCCUAGCUGUUGUCGGUGCGUGACGUAGUGCAAUGCAAGCUCUGUGUUAUGCUAACAGCAUUCCUUGCUGUAUUUGUAAACUCGUCUUUUUGUCAAGAAGGUAUCAUUAGCUGUAGGUACCAUGUAGCUGUCAAGUUUGGUCCAGCCUUUUAUAACUUCGCAAAAGUUUUUCACACUUUGAAAAAAUAUAUAUCAAUGACAUCCGCAUGAGAGCUGUACAACAGGCAUAACGAAUCAAACUCGAAGUGCAACAACAAAUCUGCUGAUACUGCUCUGUCUGGUAGCACAACACAGCACAAAAUAACAGACUGGAAAGGAUCACGGAGGUGUUUUUUAAACCCGGCCGCCAGCUGCAAGCGUUUUAGUCACACAUAACUCUCUUUAUGUGUCCCUUUAAUGUGGCCAGUGCCACCUGAAAAAUAAUAUUGUGUCAACAAAACAUCGUAGUAAUCACGGUUGGACCAUUCUUGAAGAUGCUAGUGUACAUUUGUUGGCUAAGUAGACAAUACAUUGUAGCUGUCGAGCCUUGUGGAGAAAUUGCGCCUUUUUCACGAUGACCCAGAGUUUGUGAAGGGCUGUGUAAGUGCAACGUGUCUGUUUGUUAUAAAAGAAGCAGGAGCAGAUCGUGCAACCUUUGUACGUGUUCUCAUUCAAAUGAUGCGUAGGGAUGCAGCCGACAGUGAAGCAAUUAUCCUAGCAGGUGAAAAGAAGUGAUUUCGUACUAGCAUCAGCUGUUAGUUUCGCUUUUGCUUCUAGGGACCAAAACAAAUGAUCGAUGACUGUAAGCACCGAGUCUUCUGAAAAAGGGUGCUUAGCGCACCUCUGUGUAUCUAAUGUCUCCAUGAAUAAUGUGAUGUUGCUCCGUACGAAAUACGGCAAAACCCUUGAUAACGCGCAUUAUGAAUGUUUCGUGCCACUUGAUUUUGUCGGAUCACACCCGGCAAUUAUUCGUGCAUGUUUUGAGCUUCGUAGUGUAGUAGUCAAACAGUUUGAUAGGGCUGGUAUGCUGCACUUGACUCACGGUGUGAUGCAAGUGCUUAGCUCUAGAAAAAAAGUAGAUUGCUGACAUCUGCUUUGUAGGCGGUCAAAUGGCAACCACAUAAAACCUUGUUUCUGAUGCAUUUUGAAUGUGGCAUCACAUGGAAUUGUUGCUUGCAUUUCGUGCUGUGAAAUGGUUGUGCUGAAAUCAAUGCUAAAAUAACUCUUAGAAAUGGCUGAAUAUUAUGGAAAGCAGGCUGGUAGCUAGACCUUGGUCUAGCUGCCAGCUAGAUCAUGAAAACAUGCCAGCUAGACCAUGAAAAUAUGUUUUCAUUAUAUUCUAUAUUUGCUUAGAUAUACGUGUUGGUGUCGACAAAAAAACAUUCACGAUCGGGUCAGUGUGAAAGAAGUGCAAACAAAUACAGUAAAAGCUCGAUGAUACGAUCACGGCUAAUACGAAUUUCCGGAUGAUACGAAUUUUUCUGUGGUCCCGGCCGAGCCCCAUUACUUUGCAACGUGCUAGAGAACGGUUGUUACGAAUCGAUUUUCAGCCUGCGUCGGUUGAUACGAAUAAACGCCGCCCCACCGACGGCCGCGAAAGAGAACAGCGCGCAGUCACGCGCUUUCUCUCCUCUUUUGGUGCGGAGGCGCGGCGCCGGACAGCGCGGACUGCGCGACUGGGCGCGAAGAGUUUGAAGCGGUGGCGCUUCAAGAAAUAAAUGCUUUUUACGUACACGUGCCUGAGUGAGUUCACCUCUGACUCUUUAAUUUAGCUACAGUCGAAUCUCGUUAAUUCGAACACGCUUACUUCGAACAUACCGCGUACCGACAAUGCUCUUAGCAGCGCGCCAAAUAACGCGGCGGCGCCUCCGACCGGCAUUGCUCCGACACCGCCAUAGAGCAAAAGCUCAGGAGAGACCCCUCAAUGCCGCGCGCGAAGGAACGGAAAAAAAAAAAAAAAAGAACCCGCGGCGGAAAUUUUCCCCUCUCUCAAAUUGCAAGGUCGCCGUUUCUGCAUCGCGCCGGAACAAGUGUGUACGUGCCGACUAGAGUGUUCUAGACAACCGUAUUCUAACACACACUAGUGCCGACGUCUCAGCCACGCGGAUAAAAUGGCAGUGAACCUUUCUCCUCUAUUUUCUAGUCACAUGUUGACCUUGCACGCUGCGGCAGCAGCGCAGAGGGAAGCAGCGGCGGAAGCACAGUCGGGCCAAUGUAACUGCCACGCCCGCAAACGCUCGCUUCCCGAUAACGGCAGACAACGAAACUUCAGGGGGCGGCUAAAAUAAGCUGGCGCCAGCACGGCGGCGGGCGCGCACGGAGAUGUGCGCACAAAGUCGAAGGUGAGAGAGCUACGAGGGCGUUGAGAGGGAGGGCGAGGGGAGCCACCGAAGCGGCGGAGUUGACGCGGCCAUAUCCGCUUCCCUGCCGCUCUCCUCCCUCACCUUCGACGGUCUCCGCGCGCACCCGUGUGCCGGCGCCGCCCGCUCGCUCCCUGAAGCUUCGUUUUCUGUCGUUAUCGGGAAGCGACCGUUAGCCGGCGUGGGCAGUUUCGUGGCCUGCGCUUGCUAUGCGCUUGCGCGCCGCGAUAUUUCACGACUCGUUGAGUAGCACUGACAAUUGGGCGAGUUGGUACGGAUGCAUGGUUUCAGAACGGCGCAACAAGGAAGACGACAGACGAAAGUUCGUGUGUUCUUUCGUCUGUCGUCUUCCUUGUUGCGCCGUUCUGAAACCAUUUCACGACUCGCACCGUUCGUGCAUCGUGCUAUGGUGCACGAAUACUUCAAAAAUACGUCCUUUUAAUUCGAACAAUUUUGCGGGCCCCUUCGAGUUCGAAUUAUCGAGAUUCGACAGUAGUUUUAAUUGUGUUUCGAUGAUACGAAUUUCGGCUAAUACGAAUAUUUUUCGUGACCCCGUGAGAUUCGUAUCAUCGAGCUUUUACUGUAAUGCCAAAGUGCAGCCUGUGAGCAGUGCUACAUUACAAAGACGCACUUGGCAUUAUCGUGAACACAAAACCAUGCAACACUACUAUGUGAUGGUAGUGGUGAUGGCACUCUUCAUAAGGUCAUCAUGCAGAAUCAGCACGCUGGUUGUUCUAUGUUUCAGGCCAGCCUAGCCAAGCCACUGGCCAAAAUAUGCGUAUACAUCCCAAAUGUGCAGUUUUGUACAUUGGAUCAAAGAUGUUUGUAAAAUUAACAUCACAGUAAAAUGUUGUAGUAUCAGG